AUCGAUCAUGUCUCAGUCUAACAUUGAAGGGCAAAAGAAGGCCAUUGCAGUGUCUGCUGCGGUCCAGCAAAGUGACAACAUGGCACAUGCAUUGGCGGGCGCUGGAGGCGGUAUACUGUCAAUGCUCUUGACUUAUCCCCUGAUAACCCUCUCCACGAGAGCGCAAGUCGAGUCCAAGCGUGCCCAUUCCACGACGUACGACGCAAUACGCCGCAUCAUUCAACGAGAGGGGGUUUCUGGGCUCUAUUCCGGUCUUGAAUCUGCGCUCUUUGGCAUCAGCGUCACGAACUUCGUCUACUACUAUUGGUACGAAUGGACGCGUUCGGCUUUCGAAAAGGCGGCUGCGCGGGCGGGGCGGUCCUCAAAGAAGCUCACGACGGCGGAGUCAAUGAUCGCGGGCGCUAUCGCCGGGAGUGCGACGGUCCUGAUCACAAACCCUAUAUGGGUUGUAAACACUAGAAUGACAGCCCGCAAGUCCGAGUCGGAGCAAGAAACAUUGCCAGGGACUCCCCCCAAGAAGUCGCGGGCAUCUACAAUUAGUACAUUGAUGGACUUGCUCCGGCAAGAGGGGCCCAAGGCUCUCUUUGCUGGUGUUUUGCCAGCCCUCAUUCUGGUUAUCAAUCCGAUUCUACAGUACACAAUCUUUGAACAGCUGAAGAAUAUUGUGGAGCGUCGUAGGCGUAUGACGCCAAAGGAUGCGUUCUAUCUUGGGGCGCUUGGUAAGAUACUGGCAACUUCGAUCACCUAUCCUUAUAUUACAGUGAAGAGCCGCAUGCAUGUCGCUAGUAAAGAUGGCCCUAAGGAGAGUCUGAACGGGAGCCUGAAGAGAAUCGUCAGGGAAGAGGGUUUUGUGGGCCUUUACAGAGGCAUUGGACCAAAGGUCACACAGAGCGCCAUUACUGCAGCUUUUUUGUUUGGGUUCAAGGACGUUCUUUAUGACCUUAUGGUCUCUCUUCGGAAGAGGAACCGGGCAAUUUCCAAGUGAAACAUGUGAUCUGGAAGAAACUCCUUAAAACACCCUUGCCAAAUGAUUAAUAUUACUUGGGCCCAGAAAGUCCUACUGAUUGAACCCCACAUCGUGUACCUUGGCCCCCUGUAUUUCUGUCAUUGAUCUGAAUAUAUUCUGUAUAUAUAUGUUCUCUUAUUUGCUUCGGCAUGAUGACUGUUUAUUGGGCGAUCCUAGAAAUCGAUAUGUCUAGGCUUGCAAUCAUGCAGUACUAAGCCUUUCUCUGAUUGGGCCUGGCCCUUUUGCUAUCGCACCAACGGAUUGAUUUGGUGAUGAUGUAUAGGUGAUCAUGGCAUCCCACUGUACCUAGUGAUUGUGGGCACCUCUUUCAAUGAAAAGUUCCGAC